AUGAAGGCUGCCCCACAAGUGGAGGUAUAUGUUGCCCGGGUCGCUAAAUGCUCCCAAGAGCUAUGUAAUGCAGACAGGAACGUUGCAGAGGCCAUAACCUGGGCAGCCGAAGAAUGUGAAGCCGACAUAGUGUCCAUGUCCUUUGGUUUCGCGGAUAAGCAGCCAAAUAUCAGUAAGGCCAUUCGCAAAGCGCUGGACAAACGUGAAGAAUCAAUUAUCUUCUUCGCUGCGGCUUCAAAUUUUGGAGCAAACGAGAGGGAAAUGUUUCCCGCAUAUCUUGAUUCCGUGAUCUCGGUUCGUGGCACCAAUGCCAAUGGCAACUUUGAAGAUUUCAACCCGCCCCGGAGUGAGAGGGAGGUAGCCGUGUUUGGGACUUUGGGCGUGGAUGUCCCGGCCGCUGGACUGGCUGCCGAUGAAGUAUACAAGUCGGGUACCUCAGUCGCGACAGCGGUUGCGGCGGGAAUAGCUGGCAUUUUACUGGCCUACGUAAAUUCAAAAUCAGGGAUAUAUGCAUUCGACGAUGUCAAGAAAAAGCUGUCCACAUGCAAGGGGAUGCAAGCGAUGUUUCGUCACUUGGCAUCUGACACGCUGAAAUGUGGAUGUCUCUAUGUGACGCCAUGGAGCUUGGCAGGAUUAGAUGACGAAACUCGAUGGGCAAAUUUUGUGGUAGCGAUGCGAAAGGUCCAGUGA